GCAAAACUGAACUCUUGAUCUGUCUUUAUCCCCCUUAUACAGAUGGCUCUGAAGUGCGCGGACAUCUGUAACCCCUGCAGACCCUGGGAGCUGAGCAAACAGUGGAGUGAGAAAGUGACCGAUGAGUUCUUCCAGCAAGGAGACAUUGAGAAGAAGCACAAACUUGAAGUAAGCCCAGUUUGUGACAGAGAGAUGAACACCGUCGGCAACAUUCAAAUCGGCUUCAUGACGUACGUGGUGGAGCCUCUGUUUGCAGAGUGGACCCGCUUCUCCGACACACGGCUGUCCCAUACCAUGAUGGGCCACAUGAGGCUGAACAAGGCCAGCUGGGGGGCCCUGCUGCGGGAACAGAGCUCCGUGGCGGCGGGGCCCAGCUCGCCCGGCACCGACCCAGAAGACGGUGCCGCUACCGGAGGAAGCAGCUCCAAAGAAAUACCUCAGGGAAGCAGAGAAUCCUGACACUCCUCGUGAGCCCCUUCACCUCGACCCCUGACCCCUGACCCCUGACCCCGGGGCCUGCAGCUCCACCUGAUCCUAACUUUUUGUUUUGUUGCUUUUGCCUCUCAUCUUGAUAAACCACUGAUUUUAUUUAAUUUAUUUAAUUUUUAAUUCCUCUUUUUUGGCAUAGAGCAAUACAUAGAUACCUCAUUUGGCUACUGCUGUAUUUUUCUUUUAUUUGCUUUGUUUUAUUUAUUUGUCCACUGUAGUUUUUGGCAUUACUGACUGAACACACCACUUUGUUUGUUGGUGAACCUUUAGGGGAAAGCAGGAUAAGAACUGAAGACUUUUUUUUUUUUUGUUCUGGUAUUUUGAAGUGCCAUUUGAAAACAAAGAUUUGAAGAAUGAUCUGAAAUGACUGAGACAACUGGAGUAUUCUGACAUGAGACCCUCCUAAGACUUUACAUCAAUGCCAUGAUGCAUUUGUAUUGAAGAUUCUUCCUCAUGUUGAAAAAAUAAAUUAAAAUGUGACAAGCCCAGUCCUUUUGCUGCCUCUACGAAGACUGUUUACGCAUCUCCUUGUUUGUUGUGACUUUCCCUUGAAGUGAAUCACGUGGGCUCCACGGUUUGCCUUCGAAGCACAGAUGUGAAGAACCACUCGUUUGAACUGUCAUCCCACUGUUGAAGCCAUGAGCAGAACCUUACUCAACCACACCAGAUGCCAUAAGUAACUCCACCUGUGUGCUACCAUGUGUCCUUGCACUCCCGAAUGAAAUACGGUGGUGGAUGUGCAGCGACCCGCGGAGGUGUUGUAGUCCUUCUCCACGUAUCUUCCAGUGCUGGUUGAACUCGGGGGAGCGUCCCCAACCCCCCACACUGGAAAUCAGAUACUCACUGCACAUGCAUCUCACCUGGAACUCGCUCAGGGUCUCUUAUCACGAAGGAGAGGGGGAGGAGGCGACUGCGGACGAUGCAGGGUUGUGUUCCUGGCGAGGAUCUACUGAAGGAGACCCUCCCUCUCCGCAGAAUGUCUCUCUCAGCCACAUGCAACCUAAAGGACUGCUCGAUUGAUGCCUUAUAACUAUGCACAAACUAUGCUAAGUGACCAAACCAGCUCCAUCAAGUGCAUGGUGUGCUUGUCUUUUGAAUGCACUGUCCAAUCCCUUGCCUUUUUGUUGUGAGGAACAACUCCAGCUGUCCUUCUUUUUUGUACCGAAACAAAAUGGUCGAGUGACUUUGAACAUUCCACUUCUUCGUGUUUGGUUUGUCUACUCCGAUUCUGUAUAGUGGCACAAAUCGUUGUUUGUGUUUUUUCGAAAGAUAACAGGUGCUUUUCUUACUUUAGCUGAUUUGUAUUUUUGCUGUAAGUGCUGUAAGACUGUUGAUAAAACUGUUUACAAUUUGUUGCGACAGCCAUUUUUUGGGAAGACUUUGGUGUCGAGCCAGAUUUUGUAAAGGCUUUGCUGUAUUGACCUUUUUGAUACAUGCCUGUUGCAGUUACGAUUUGAAUAAUAAAACCUGUUGUUGACUAA